AUGGCUGCAUUAGUGUCUCUGGGCAGGGCAGAGCAUGAGUAUUUCUUACAGCCCAAUGCCUCCAGCUGGGAAUCCGCUCGGCAGCACUGCCAGGUGUGCUACAGGGAGCUGGCCACCAUCACGGCCGAAGACGCACACCUCCUGCUGGAACAAAUGGACAACCGCAGCAGAGCUGCCUGGGUGGGUUUGCGGAGGCUGCUCAACGAAACAGUGGCGCCGUUGUCCAACACCACAAACAGCACGGAGUCCCAGCGCCCCGAGUCCCAGUGGUUCAGUGGCACACCUCCGUGGGUCCAGUUCUCCAAUGGCACCAAUGACACCGAUGGCACCAUUGACGUCAACUCCACAUGGUUCAGCUUCUUUGAGGGAAAACUUCCGUGGUCCCGCUGGUCCAAUGGUGAUCCUGUGACCAUCCAGAACUGGUAUCCAGGUCGUCCUGUUCCAAAGCCCAAGCCGGAACCAAUCAAGUGUGAGCGUAACACUCAUUUCAUUUCAACGACUUCUACACCCAGCUAUUCCACAUAUUCCACAACAGAUGGGUAUUCCACAGUGAAUGGGAAUUCUACAGUGGAUGGGAAUUCCACAGUGGACAGCAAUUCCAUGUUCGGAAUGACAAAUCAGACAUCCACGUGUCCCCAGCUGGAGAAACUCCUUAAAUGUAUAGAUGAUCCAGAAGCAAAGGAUGCUCUGUCCAGAUCUCUCACAACACCAAGUUUAUAUCAGACCUCCUGGAAUGCCACCAUUUCUCCAAACACCACCAUGUCAGACACCAACACUACCACCACGACCCCCAAUCCAAAUGUGACAAACUCAAACACUAACGACACAACUUUUACUGAUAGCAUCACAAACACAACCAUGUCAGACAUCAACACUACUGCCACGACCCCCAAUCCAAGUGUGACAAACUCAAACACUAACAAUGCAACCUUUACUGGUACCAUCACAAACAGUACUUUGGCUCUAAGUACUAGUGCCGCAACCAGUACAUCGGCUCCAAGUACUAUCCCAACUAGUGUCGCUCCCCCUAGUACUAUUCCACCUCCUACCAUUGCCCCAUGUCCCGAUCUCACUGACAGCCGUGAGGAAGACCUUAAUAAGUUUAUUGAGGACGCUUGCUUGGUAUUGCUGAGCUUUGGGUUGUGGUGGGAAAGGGCUUGUUCUGAAGUCUUACCUUACAUCUGUUAUGAUGAUCGUUUCUAUGGGAAAGUAAUGGUGCAUAACAUCACAUACGUCAGUGCGGCAGUGCAAUGGUUGGAGGCACCUGGAGAAAUCUCUGGCUACAGGGUGGAGGUGAAAAGUCCAGAGCAUAAUUGGACUCAAGACGCGCUAACCUCAACCCUGACCACAGAGUUGACUAACUUGACUUCUGGUACAAAGUACACGGUCUACGUCUUUCCAAUCAAGUGUGGUAGGGAUCUUAAUCCUCAAACAGACUACUUCUACAGCCAGCCAGACCAGAUUCAGAACCUCAGUCUUUCAGACAUUCAAGAGACCUCAGUCAACUUAACUUGGAGUCCACCCCCAGGUGGAAUUGACUUCUACCGGCUGUGUGUGUAUGACACAUCCAACUUUGUUAACUGUACAAAUGUCACCAUAAGCCAGCACACUGUUAAGCACCUGAUAGCAGGUGGAGAAUAUACCGUCGAGGUCAGCGCAGAGGUGGCCGACGAGUCCAUACCAGGUCGACGCUUUAAUAAAAGUUUCUUCACUAGACCAAACAAAGUGAAGAAUCUGCAAGUUAAGGAUCCUUCAACCAAUACCUUCAAGGUGGUUUGGGAAAAACCAGAGGGAAAUGCCAAUAGUUACCGUGUCCUUGUGCAGAAUGGAUCUGUCCUCUUUAACAACAACACCAACCAGUUCACAUUUACUGCCACAGGACUUGUGCCUGGCAGUGAGUUCGAUAUUACUGUGUGGGCACAAGUCAAUGAAUCCUGGGAGGGAAAACCUGUAACCAUUCAAGGCUUCACGAAGCCAGGCCCUGUCCGUGACCUGGAAAUGGAUGCAAACGCAAAUGAAAUUACCGUUACAUGGAGAAACCCAAUAGGGGGCCAUACGAAUUUUAGCGUGUUACUAUUGAACCCUGAUGGCACGGACGUUGAAGAACAAUUAACACCUAAUACUACUGUGAAAUUCAGUAAAUUGAAAGCGGGUGCAAAAUACACGGUAGAAGUCAAAGUGAUUGGACCUGGAAAACUACAAAGUGAUAUUAAAAAUAACAGCACUUAUACCUUGCCAAAUGAACCAAAGAAUCUCAAAAUGUACCCAAAUGGUACUACUCAAAUCAAUCUGAUAUGGGAUGUACCAGACGAUUCUCAUGGUGUGACAAUAGAGUACGAUGUGGUCUGCAAAACCAAGUUUUGGGGGUACUCUGAGAUAAAGCGAGUCAAAGACACCACUUUCACUCUGACAGACUUAAGGCCUGGAACAACAUAUGGGUGUAAUGUUAGUGUUUUUGCUGGAGAACAGAGCAGUAAACCGAUAUACAAUCAAGCCGAGACAGUUGCAAAUAAGAGGAACAUCACUCUCACAAUGCUGUGCAAAUCCAGUGAGCCGCUGGGCUGUACCAUGCAAAAUGCCCAGGCCAACCUUUUAAUGGCGUUGAAGGCUAAUUUCAGUUCGAAGCUGGACGGAAUUUUCUGGGAUCUUAAUUGGAAAAAUUGAACUUAAAUGUAAUGGACUUCUACAAUAUGAUUGGAUAUUACACAAAUUAUGCACAUACUUACAACGAAAGAUUUAUGAUCUCUUGAAUUCUUGCCUUCAUACACACAUUAAUUCAGCGACUUUAUGACAUUGACUGUCCUGGAUCUCACUUUUGCAUUACUAACCUUCAUGGAUGUAAAUAGCCUACUAUGGCCAUGUUGUGUUUUUCUAUAUUACUAUUUAAUAUAUUACUUUUAACUCUCCUUCAGUGGCAGACAGACAUUCAUGGGUUUUUGCAUUUUAUGUUUUUGCAUGUGCAGUAGGCCUAUCUUUGAAGUAUAGACAUUUUAUAUUUGUUAAGGGUGUAUUGUCUGGAAUCUUCAGAUUAAUUCAUACGUUUCUGUAGCCUAUUGUAAACUCUUUAUUAUUUUGAGAUAGGCCCUAGGCUACUGAUUUUUUUAUUUCCAUGAGCUGUGAGAUGUAAUCAUCAAGA